UGGUACGACAAUGAUAUCGAGGCUGCUGUCCUCACGGCUCGCCUCCACCACCAGUAACAGGCCCGCCGCAGUGCUCACGCGAGCGGCACGAUCACCACCUACGCGAAAUGUAGGCUCGUUAUAUGAAAGCAGCGCCAUAGCUGCAAGACGACCACUGUCGCACGCUGCGCUGUCCCGAGCAAGCGCCUCGCUUCGAACUGGCCGAGCAUGGCCGCAGCGGAGGAUGUGGCCUUUCGGCAGCAAUGCCAUCCACAACCUCCCCGCAGUCCGACAUGCCUCCUUUGCACGAGCCAUUCCAAACCUGGCUAUGAAGCUCAUCCGAGUUCCUGCAAUGUUCGGCAUGGCGAUGCUGGGCGGCUUGGCAUAUCUCCAGUAUCAAGCAGCGCAAGCAGGCACAUAUGUCAUGGAUGUGUUUGGUAAAGCAAAGGAUGCUGCCUCGGGAGCGGCAAACGGGGUACUGGAAGGCGCAGGUGACCUGGCCGCGCAGCUAGGUAGAGGCUGGGAAAAGACGAAGGAGGACGUCGGAGGCAUACAAAUGCCGCAGUGGAUGCGCGAUAUUUAUGAAGGCAGAGGGGGGCAAGAAGGCGGAAGUGAAGGCGGCAGUGGCGGUCCUGAGGAGCCGAAGCAGGCGGGUGUUGGUGCUGCUGGAGCCGGUGCCGCGACCGCUGCAGCGUUCGCCCUAGACGCUGAAGGCGAGCAGGACGACAGAGACGAAAGCACCGCGGCCAGGGACGAUCAGAUGAUGAUGCUUACACGGAAGAUGAUCGAGAUCCGUUCCUUACUGCAAACCAUUGGGCAGUCAGAGUCUCUGACCCUUCCAUCUAUUGUCGUAGUCGGUUCGCAGUCAUCCGGCAAGAGUUCAGUACUGGAAGCUAUCGUAGGCCACGAGUUCCUUCCCAAAGGCUCAAACAUGGUCACAAGACGCCCAAUCGAGCUUACGCUGGUCAACACACCAAAAGCGCAUGCCGAAUACGGAGAGUUCCCAGCGCUCGGUCUAGGCAAGAUCACGGACUUCAGUCAGAUACAGAAGACCUUGACGGACCUCAACCUCGCUGUACCAGAGAAGGACUGCGUCUCUGACGAUCCAAUUCAGCUUCGCAUUUACUCGCCUCAUGUCCCUGAUCUCAGCUUGAUCGAUCUUCCCGGAUAUAUCCAGGUUGAAGCAUUUGACCAACCGACUGAACUGAAGACAAAAAUCCAGGAGCUCUGUGACAAAUAUAUCCAACCACCAAACGUCAUCCUAGCCAUAUCUGCUGCGGACGUGGACCUCGCGAACUCGACCGCCUUGCGCGCUUCGAGACGAGUAGAUCCUCGUGGUGAGCGGACCAUUGGCGUUAUCACGAAAAUGGAUCUUGUCGAUCCUAUACGAGGUGCACAGAUGCUCUCUGACCGUAACUAUCCUCUACGGCUAGGUUAUGUUGGUGUAGUCUGCAAAGUCCCGCAGGAGUCGAGGUCGCUGUUCUCACGAGGCUCGGCAAACAUCACGAAUGCGAUUACAAGGAACGAAUCAGCGUACUUCAACGCCCACCCGGAAGCCUUUGGACCGAACAGCAACAUUUUGACCGGGACGCCGAACCUACGAAAGAAGCUCAUGCAUGUCCUGGAAGCAACCAUGUCGGCUUCUCUUGCUUCGACAAGCGAAGCGAUCCAUCAUGAGCUGGCAGAAGCCUCGUAUGAGUUCAAAGUACAGUACAACGAGCGUACCUUGAGCGCGGAGAGCUACCUUGCGGAGAGCCUAGAUGCUUUCAAGCAUGCGUUCAAAGGCUUUUCGGACUCGUUCGGUCGCGCCGAAGUUCGCGAGAUAGUAAAGCGUGAAUUGGAUCAGCAAGUACUGAACCUACUCGCGCAGCGAUACUGGAACAGGCCUGUGGAGAGUCUCCGACCGGUUGACCAGCUGGCUGAAAGCAUUCAACAGCCUCUUGCAAGCCUGCCCAAAGCGGAUUCGGAAGACCCAUUAUGGCACCUCAAGCUUGACGCGAGCACGUCUACGCUGACAAAGUUAGGUAUUGGACGGCUUGCUACCACCGUUACGGCACAAGCGCUGCAAGAGAGCGUGCAAAGUCUCAUACAGAACAGCACGUUCUCUACACAUCCGUUCGCCGUGCAAGCCAUCACGCAGGCGUCCGAGAACAUUCUGCGGGACCUCAGCUAUGACACGUCGGAUGAGCUCGAAAUCUGUGUCAAACCGUACAAAUACCGUGUUGAGGUGUCGGAUGCGGAGUGGCGGCGUGGUAGGGCCAACAUUGGAGAGGUGCUUAAGCACGAACUUAAGGAUUGCGAAAGCGCCUUGAAGGCGCUCGAGGAUCAGAUUGGUGGGCGUAGAAAGGCCAGUGACGUCCUCGCUUUCAUCGACCGAGUACGCAAAGGCGACACGGUGCUUGAAGGUGACGGCGUCGGUGGCGCAGGUGGCUUCAGCUCCGCUCUGUUGCAGAAAGGACGAGAGGCGCUCUUUCUCCGCGACCGUGCGGAUAUCCUACGCAUGAGAUUGGCAGCCGUGAAGUCACGGCAAUGCUCGGAUCCGAAGAACAAAUAUUAUUGUCCCGAGGUCUUUCUGGACGCUGUAGCCGACAAACUCACCUCGACUGCCGACUUGUUCCUCGAUGCGGAGCUUUUGAGUAAGUUCUACCACCAGUUCCCGCGCAUCCUGGAGCAGAGAUUCCGGGAUAUGGACGAGAGUACUGUAGAACGCUUUGCCAGAGAGGAUCCGAAGAUCAGACGUCACUUGGACGUUGUGAGGAGGAAGGAGCUGUUGGAGCAUGUGCUGAAGGAGAUGGAGGCUCUGCGGGCGCUGGAGCAGCGGGAAAAGCGGAGUACAGUGAGGAGUGGGUCGACGCAGGAGGAAGGGAGGAGGAAACGAGGUUGGGGCAUCUUUUGAACAUGGUAUUCCGUUCUGGGCGUUUGGUGCUGUGGAGGCGUUGUUUGGUUCACGAGAGAUACCACGAUACUGAGUAUGCUGAUCUUGCUUUAAAGAGAUGCGCUUUCCGCUCACAGCUUAACAAACCUUCACGGCAGCCUUCCAGUUUCUGUUGCCAUUGCCAAACGAAACAUGAGAUUGCUCCAACCGUAACGCAGCUCUUACCAAGAUUUCCAAUAUGCCGGAGAAUGCAAGCAA